GAGCUGCUGAGUUCAAGUACUGAUCUGAUGGAGAAUGAGUCAUGGGGUGCUUGUGUGCUGUGUUGCAGCCUGUGUGGAACCUGGGUGUUGGAUUCUGAUUAGAGUGGGUCUCCAGCAGCCAUAGGUAGCAGCACACUUUUAUCAGUAUUACCAAUCCUACAAUACUUCUGCUUCAUCAGUACUAAAGCUUACUGAAGGGUGGUGCUUUCUUCUUUAGGAUAGUGUAGAAAAGCCAUCUGAGGCUCUUCAGGCCGUCGUAACCUCCUGGGGUGGUUCUGUAUAUAUAUGAAGUUUUCAAUAGUAUGACUGCUGUAGCAGAACAAGUUAGCGAUUCUUAGCAAUCACUUGAAUUGUUGAAUUGCACAAGUCUUACAAUUAAGAACAGUGGUGAGAUUCCCUGAACAAGUCUGUAUACCUCAAUUCUACGUAAGGUAUAUUGAUUGUUGACACUGUUGCCUGUUCCUGCAAGAGUUUCUCUUAUCAAUACGAGGCUGGUAAUGGUCAUUUAGGACAUUCUGAAUACAAGUUCUCAGAAGCCCCAGACCCUAUGUGUUAGCCACCUCUUCAGAUGUAUUGAAUAAGAAAAUAUGUCUAAUGGUCUGGUGUGGGUGCAGGGUUUUGAGUAAUGUGAGGGAAGUAGAAGGGUAUGGAUGUAUAGCAGUAUUGAUACUUGAUUUGCCAAAAUUAAAUGCAUGUUGCUUAUUUUGUUAUAGGCUCUUAACUGCUGACGCACUGCUAAGUGACUGGAUUGUCUUUUACUUGACCUUCUGGUCUCAUUCCAGUGCAAGAUUAACUCCCUUCUAGCAGAAGGGUCAGGCCUCUUUCCAAAGGUCUGUCUCUUUCGAAGGUUGGGAACAAUUUUACGUAUUCUAAUAUGUUCUCAUUUUUGACAGUAUAUACUAUUGAUACAGAUGGGGGACUGACUUCAGAAUCAAAAGACAAGCAGAGAGAGAGAAAACUGGUCUCUGGGGCCCUCUGGUGACUCUUCAAAAUCCUGCCACUGGACACCAUGUGGAUUAAAGCCAUUGUCUCAGAGCAAGCUCAUGUGAGGGGAAGAAAAAUGCUGAAUCAUCCCUGCUGAGCUUUCCAGCUCAGGCUUCUCCUAAAACUUUCCUGUAAUUUUUGAUGCAUUCCCCAGCUGCUGCAUAUCUCUCCUACAGAUGCAUAUCCCGCCCACCAGCCAUUAUCCAAAAGCAGAAGUAAACUCAGAUCAAGGAAAAUGGCAUCAGAAGGCAUUUGCAGAAGAAAAAUCAGCAGGUGCUGGGGGCGUUUCUGCAUUUUACAAGGAGGUCCUGCCCAGAAGAGCAACAGAGAACAUGUAUGCUGCAUUUUUGGUGUGAGAGCCCAUCAGGAAUGGGCUGGACUUUCUCUGCUGAAAUUGGUGGGUCUUUCCAUUCCGUAUGCUAUAAAAUAACAGGAUUGCAUACUACAAGCAUCAAAGCGAUUGGAACAGUCUUCCUUGAAUAAGCAGAAUGAAGCACCUUGCAGUUCUCUUCACUAUUGUUGCACUCUCUGAGUGUCUCGUUCAGAUUCCAUUGGAAAGAGGGCAGAAACUGAGAGACCAUCUCAAGGAGAAAAAUUUGCUGGAAAGUUUUCUUCAGAAAUAUAAUUAUGACAUUGGUACAAAAUAUCAACCAGCUGUUACUAAAGCUGCCCUGGUGGCUAAUGAACCACUUCUGAACUUCUUAGAUUCAGAAUACUAUGGAACAAUCUACAUUGGAACCCCGCCACAGACGUUCACUGUUGUGUUUGACACUGGAUCAUCCAAUCUCUGGGUACCCUCUACCUACUGCAGUAGUACAGCAUGUCAAAACCAUAACAGGUUUAACCCAUCUCAGUCUUCCACCUUCAGAAGCACACAACAGACAGUAUCCAUUCAGUAUGGCACAGGAAGCAUGACGGGAAUCUUUGGCUAUGACACAGUGCUGGUUGCUGGUCUUACUGAUUCCAAUCAGAUAUUUGGCUUAAGCACAAGUGAGCCUGGCAUCAUCUUUGUCUAUUCUAAAUUUGAUGGGAUCCUGGGCUUAGGCUACCCUACUAUUGCUUCUGGCAGAGUGACUCCUGUCUUUGAUAACUUGAUGAACUCAGGCCUAGUGCAGCAAGAUUUGUUUUCUGUUUAUCUUAGCCGAGAAAAAACUGGGAGUGUGCUCACUUUGGGUGGAAUUGAUGAGUCUCACUACACUGGUUCUAUUAACUGGAUACCUGUCACAGAACAAGGUUACUGGCAGAUUGCGGUGGAUGGCAUUUUCGUGAAUGGCCAGGCCAUUGCCUGCAGUGGUGGCUGUCAAGCGAUUGUUGACACAGGGACCUCCCUCUUGGCUGGCCCACCAGCUGAAAUAAGUAGCCUGCAAAAUGUUAUUGGAGCUACUCCAGGCCAAUAUAGCGAGUAUGACAUCAACUGCAGUAACCUCCCCAAUAUGCCUGAUGUUGUUUUUGUGAUCAGUGGAAUCCAGUAUCCUCUGACCCCAUCUGCCUACACUAAUCAGGCAAAUCAAGGAGAGUGCACCAGUGGUUUCCAAAACACAUCUGGUGACCUCUGGAUCCUAGGAGAUGUGUUCAUAAGGGAAUACUUCAGCGUUUUUGACAGAGGAAACAACCAAGUUGGACUGGCAAAGGCACUUUAGAAUAAUUGUGCCUUGAAACAAUAGCAAGUGCUGUAAUUGUUCAUGUAAUCACCUUACUCAGAUUGCAUAGUACUACUACUACUGUUACAAAUAUUAUACCAUAACACUGUAUUUGAUGUAAUAGCAACUUUGAUUAUGUGCUUUUAAAUGUAAUAUCUGCCUGAUGUCUUUAGCAUUGGUAUGGCAUGUAUACGUUGGAAAUUAUUCAUUUCAAAUGUGUCUGCAAGAGAUUAUAUUAAAAAUGGUCCAAAAGAACAUGCAAAGGCCUGCAAUUAAUGCAAGUGAAGCUGGGGGUGCCAUUUCAGAGUUUAGUAAAAGGUAAAGUUUUGCCCUCGAGCCAGUGUCAACUACUGGCAACCACAGAGCCAUGUGGUUUUCUUGGUAGAAUACAGGAGGGGUUUACCAUUGCCAUCUCCCGCACACUGGGAGAUGAUGCCUUUCAGUACCUUCUUGUAGUGCUGCUGCCCAAUAUAGGUUCAGCAAGGUCCCAGGGCCCACACUUGGAUACACCUACAUUCAAGUUUAUGAAAUAGCAGGGUGCCCUAAAAGCAUUUGUCACGAUGUGCCUCAAAAUAAUACCCCAUAGCAACUCCAGGUGCAAUACUGGAGAGUUUGCCAGAAAUACAGGUGCUCCUGAAGCACGAUCCCAAUUAGACCAGGUCACAGGACUAUCCCAUAUCCCCUCCUCCCCCUCCAAUGCUUCUCUAGAGCAGGGGUACUCAAACCUGGACCCUCAGGUGCUGUUGGACUACAGUUCCCAACAUCCCCUGCCCAGCUGCAAUAGAUUGUUGCUGGGGAUGGAUGGGCGUUGUCUUCCAGCAACUCCUGGAGAUCCAAGCGGGAGAACCCCUGCCCUAGAGUGAUACCUGCUUUCUCUUCCUCUCAUUUUGGUUUCAUAUUCUAAGAAGCUAAAAUUUAAGGGACAAUGUUGCACACAACCUUUACGACAUGCUGGAACAUGGACUGUGCCUCAGCCUAUGGUGCAAUGGAGUGUUUGAUGAAUGAGUCUUUUGAUUGUUUUGCUACACAACCCAUCUGCUAGACAGCUAAUCAUCAGACAAUGGCUUCAUCACAUUCUUGAUGACAACGUGAAUAAAGGCUCUAUUCACAUUACUUCAGAUGGGCCUUGAUUUUGUAUCUCAGAAAGUAAGAUAACAAAUGCAACUAUUAUUAUCAUUAUUGUUAUUGUUCAGUGCAUUUCAAAUGCUUCUUGUGCAUUAUCUUGAAUCCUUACAACAGCCCUGUAAGGCAGGCCAGUACGGUUAGAAAAGUGGAGCUAAAAUCAGGCUGUGCUCAUGAUGACUGUUUUGCAUGAUCUGCAGUCAAAAGACAUUUGAAUCCUGGACUGCAAAUAGUCUCCAAGCAAACUCACCAGAUGCACAGAAGUCCUGUGUAUUGGGCCUGGCCAGUACAAGCCAAGUGCAAUACAAUACACAUACUCUAGGAAGAAGAAGGCCCCCUGUACACUGUUGGAGAGGAUGAACAGGCAUCCCAUUACUUUAGCAACUGGGUCAAACUGAAAGAGGUCUAGGCACCAAGUCAGGCCCAGGAGGAAGACAGGGGCUCUGGCCUUCACUGUCCAUGACCUGCAACAGAGGAAGGCAACUGUGUGGAUAUCAACAAAAUAUAGCCCUAAAAACUUAGGUCCAGGGUGUUUAAGAAAAUGCCUUCUUUGUUUUGAGCCCCACCACCUAUUGAGAUCAGCCGGGGAGGUCCUCCUGCAGUUGUCACUGGCUUGUCUGGUGGCUACUCAGGGUCAGACCUUCUCCAUUGCUGUCCCAAAGCUUUGGAAUUCACUCCCUGCUGAAGUAAGAGCUUCCCCAUCUCUGACGGAAGAUGUUUAAAACACAUUUGUUCAUCCAAGCUUUUAACUAGAUUUUAACGGGAAUGUGUUUUAAACUGUUUUAAUGUUUUAACUGUUGUUUUAUGCUGAGUUGUUGUAAACCAGACAUGCAAGUGGUAUACAAAAAGAGAUCCAGGAGGGAUUCAGGAAACUACAAGCAGAUUAGCUUAACUUCAGUGCUGGAUAAAUUGAUGGAAAGCAUACUUAAGGACAAAAUUAUUUAAAAUAUAGAACAGGCCUUGCUGAAGGUCAACCAGCAUGGCUUCUGCAAGGGCAAGUUGUCUCACUAACCUUUUGGAGUUCUUUGAGAGUGUCAAUAGGCAUGUGGAUAAAGGUGAUCCGGUCAACAUAGGAUACUUGGACUUCCAAAAAGCUUAUGUCAGAGUUCCUCACCAAAGGCUCUUGAGUAAACUUAGCAGUCAUGGGAUAAGGGGACAGGUUCAUGAAUUGAUUGGUAACUGGCUGAAGGAUAGGAAACAGAGGAUAGGAAUCAAUGGACAGUUUUUGCAAUGGAGGGAAGUAAGAUGUGGGGUCCCCAAGGGAUCUGUACUGGGACCAGUGCUCUUUAACUGGUUGAUAAAUGAUCUAGAAGUUGGGGUAACCAGCAAAAUGGCCAAAUUUGUGGAUGACACGAAACCAUUUAGGGAAAUGAAAUCCAAAAGAGAUUGCAAGGAGCUCCAAAAGGAUCUCUCCAAACUGGGUGGGUGGGCUACAAAAUUACAACAGUAGUGCAUAUGCCUGUAACAUCCAGACUUGACUACUGCAAUGCGCUCUACUUUGGGCUGCCUUUGUACAUAGUCCAGAAACUGCAGUUGGUACAAAAUGCAGCAGCCCGAUUGAUCUCUGAGGUUAUCCAAAGAGAUCAUAUUACACCCAUUCUAAAAGAACUACACUGACUGCCAAUAUGUUUCUGGCAAAAUAUAAAGUGCUGGUUAUUACCUAUAAAGCCCUGAAUGGCUUGGGUGCAAGGUAUUGAAGAGAACACCUUCUUCUUCAUGAACCCUGCCUCCUAUUAAGAUCAUCUGGGGGGCUUGGUUGGUGGGAACUUGUCUCAGAACUGGGCCUUUUCUAGGGUUGUCCUGGGACUUUUGAAUGUACUUCCUAACAAAAUUAGAGCUUCUUCAUCUCUGGAUAUUUUUAAGAAGCACAUGAAAAAAUACCUGUUUAGUCAGGCUUUUAGUUUAUUUUUUUAAGUUUUGGAUUUUAAUCUGUCUAAAUGUUUUCACUGUUGUGUUUUUAGAUCAUUUACGGCCCAGGGCCUUGCACAUGGGGCAGUAUUAAAAUGUGUUAAAUAAACAAAAUAAAAUAAAUGUGGUUCAGUGUAA